AUGGCCCGCCGCAGCCGCGCCGCCACGCUUGCCUGCCCGGCCCCGCUGGCGGGCGUCUGGGCGGCCUCGCACGCCUUCGUGGCGCCAGGCCGCCGCGCCGCCGCGGCGGCGAGCGCUCCUGAGCAGGCGGCGGGGGGCGCCGUGCCGGCUCUCCGGCAGAGCGUGGCGGAGUUCAUCGCCAUGGCGCUGUCCGUGGCGUUGACACUCGGCUUCGCCACCACGGUGCUGGCCGACUGCACUGGCGCGUACAGCGGCGGGCAGAUCAAUUGCGCCGUGACCUUCGGGCUGGUCCUGGCCGGGCAGCUGAGCCUGGCGGGCUCGGUGGUGGGAGCGCUUGUCCUGAGGGCCGUGUACUCCGACCACUCGAACGACCAGACGGGGGGCCUUGGCUCCAACGGCGUCAGCGAGGGCUUCUCCAAGGGCAGCGCGCUGCUGGGUGAGAUCGUGGGUGCGUUCGUCCUGAUGUAUGUGGUCAUCGAGACCGCGGUGAAUCCAAUGACGGAGGCAAACCGGAUGGUCGCGCCCUUGGCCAUUGGGCUCGCUGUGUUUCUAUGGGUGCUCGAUCAAUCCCACAAGGUCGUUCGGGGUACCCUCAAGGAGAUGUGGAUCUUCUGGCUUGGUCCUCUCCUUGGCGCUGCUCUCUCCGUUCCUGCGUACUUCUUCAUGGUGCAGUGA